CUUAUCAACUCCAAGCUUGCCCAAGGAGAUUUUUAUACAGCGCAAGCUGAAAAGCUUGAGGAAACAAAGAUAUUACCAUGGGCAAACAUGGUGCCAACACUGGCAAGGCCUCUAAAAAGGUCAAGCCCAACACACCAAGCAAGAAUACCUCAGCGCAAAGCCUGCCGUCGUUUGACGAAAGCGCAUUGAGUGCUCUCACAGACAAGAUUGAGAAGGGAUUCAACAAGGGAGCGAGCUCCGAUUCAGCACAGAAACCUGCGAAGAAAGACAAGAGCAAGCCGAAUGGAGCGUCUCACUCGAAAGAUACCGCUCCAGGAAAGAAGCGCGACGCUGAGGGCAAUGUGAAAACACCUACCAAGUCGAACAAGGCUACGGAUCGCAAGCCAAAGCAGGCUGAAGGUGGUGCAGCGGCAGAAGGUUCGGCUAGGGAUAUCCUUCUGCAAGAAAUCCUUGCUCUUGGAGGAACCGAGGAGGACUUGGAUCUACUCGACGGCGUUGAGUCGGACGACGAAGAUGUGGAAUUCACCCAGCCCAAGGUGGAUGAUCCUAAAUUCGCAAAAGAGUUCUCGAAGUUCGUUGCUGGGCUCGGAAUUGAAGGCCAAACCCAGGUUGAUGCCAGCGACUCUGAAGUUGAGGCAGACGAAGUGGAUGAAGACUCAGAUGAGUGGGAAGAGGAGCCUGAUACGCCAAAAAAAGCGCCCAAGAAGGCUGAAGAGCCAGUCCCACAGCUAGUCCAGGCGCAAGAUAAUAAACAAGACAAAAAGACUAAAGAUGUCAACCGCCUAAUAUUCGAGGCGCGGCCAGACUGGCAUUCGGCACCAUUGGGCGAUCUUCCAACUCCUGAACUUUCCGACGUACCUGCACACAGAGCCAUCAUCGAAGAGCUCAAGAAAUAUGCGAAGUCUUUACUGGAAGCCGACAGCAACCUCUACGCCUCUAAGCAUCUCUCAUCAACAUCGUCUCACCGCUUUCUUGCCACUAUCAUGGCUUCCGGUACAUUGGACGAUAAGGUUUCGGCCUUAACGUUGGUGAUUCAAGAGUCUCCUAUACAUACCACCAAGUCCUUUGAGAGCCUUCUUGGCCUGGCGAAGAAGCGCAGCAGAGGCCAGGCUGUCACAGCGUUAGGCGCCUUGAAGGAUUUGCUUGGUGUGGGCGUUGUGCUGCCAGCUGAUCGCCGAUUGAGGACCUUUGCCAACCAGCCUGGACUUCUCGGCACUCUUCAGACCGAGUUCGUAUCAAACUGGAGAAGCCAAGAUCCGCUCCCUGGCAACAUCACCAAGGCCCAUUUAAUUUCAUGGGCAUAUGAGGAUUGGUUGAAGGAGAUCUACUUCGAAAUUCUGCAAGUUCUUGAAGGAUGGUGUGCUGACGAGGUCGAGUUCGCUCGAGGACGUGCGAUAACCUACGUCUACGAGCUAUUGAAGGAGAAGCCCGAGCAAGAAUCCAACUUACUCCGCCUCUUGGUCAACAAGCUGGGAGAUCCAGACAAGAAGCUUGCGUCUAGAACGUCGUACCUUAUCCUACAACUGCAGACGACGCAUCCUCUCAUGAAGCCAAUCAUCGUCUCUUCUAUUGAGACCGAGCUUUUGUUGCGCCCGCAUCAAAGCACCCACUCAAAGUACUACGCCAUCAACACUCUGAACCAGACCAUCCUUAGCGGCAAAGAGGAGGGAGUGGCCCAGAGGCUUCUGAAGAUUUACUUCGACCUCUUCGUCACCCUCCUGAAAAAGCCACUGCCACCAUCUGAUGCACCUGGCCCUGUCAUGAACAAGAAGGGUCAAGUCCAAGGUGGGGGUGGGCAAAAGGGAAAGAAGGCAAUGGAGAAGGUGACCAAAGAGGAGCAGGCAAAGUUAAGCAGUGAGGAGACGACCGAGAAAAUGAUCUCUGCUGUCUUGACUGGUGUCAACCGUGCCCUCCCAUUCUCCAAAUCAGACGACGUCACUCUGGAGAAGCACAUGGAUUUGCUGUUCAAGAUCACCCAUUCUUCUAACUUCAAUACGAGCAUCCAGGCCCUGAUGCUCAUCCAGCAACUCUCAUCCACAAAGACUAUUGCUGUGGAGCGCUUUUACCGAACCCUGUACGAAUCGCUGCUGGAUCCUCGACUGAUCAUGUCGUCAAAGCAUGCGCUCUACCUCAACCUCCUGUUCCGCGCCCUGAAGUCCGAUUUAGAUGUCAGGCGCGUAAAGGCGUUUGCAAAGAGACUCCUCCAAAUCAUCACACUACACCAACCGCCAUUUAUCUGUGGUGUCCUCUACCUGCUUAGGGAGCUGGAGGCUACUUUCCCAGGCCUCACCACGAUGAUAACUGAACCAGAGGUAUCUGAUGACAUGGACGAAGAAGUGUUCAAGGAUGUUCCCGAGACCGAGACGGCCGCCGCCGAGGCUGCAACCCUUCACGAGAACCUUAUGCACCCCGACAGAAUCCCGAAACCUGCACCAAAGCAAGGCUUAUACGACGGACGGAAGAGAGACCCUGAGCACAGCAACGCUGACAAGAGCUGUCUUUGGGAAUUGACACCGUUUAUUACCCACUUCCACCCCUCGGUGGCUAUGUUCGCUGACCGUCUUUUGACAUCAGCCGUGAUGCCCGCCAAGCCCGAUCUCGCCUCCCACUCCUUAAUAUCCUUCCUCGACAGAUUCGUCUACCGCAAUGCCAAGGCAUCCGCGGGUGGCCUCAGGGGUAGUUCUAUCAUGCAGCCUCUCGCUGGCGGAGAGAGCAGCGGAGUCCUGGUUGCCAACCGCGCCACGGCACAGGCUCACCAGCCAGUCAACUCCGAAGCCUUCUGGCGCAAGAAGGCCGAGGAUGUUGCUGUUGACGAAGUGUUCUUCCACAAGUACUUCAACCAAAUCGGCAAGGGCAAGGUGUCUAAGAAGGGCAAGCCCGCCAAGGCUGCAGGAGAUGGAAGCGAUGACGAAGACGAGAAUGAGGAUGAGAUCUGGCAGGCUCUGGUCGACUCUAGGCCUGAGGUUGAAGGUCCUAGCGACGAUGAGAGCGAUCUUGAGAUGCUUGACUUGGACGAUUCUGGUGAUGAGGGCUCUGAGGGUAGUGAUGCCAUGUGGGAGGACGAUGAUGAGGUGGAUGUCGAGGGCACGGACGAGGAAGAGCAGGGAUCUGAAGGUGAAGAGGAGCCAAGCCCAUUCUUGGAUGAGGAUGAGCUGGAUGAGGGUGAGGAUGAAGAUGAGGAUGAUCUGUUCAACAAGGAGCUAGAGACCAACCAGAAGAACCCAGAGGCGAAGGUUGAUGGUACGGAGACGGGCAGGGCCAAGAAGAAGAAGAUGAAGAGCCUGCCAAUGUUUGCUUCGGUGGAUGACUAUGCUGAUAUGAUGGGAGGAGACGAGGAUGAGGAUAUGGGUUAAGUUGUGGCGGAGAGCGUUAUCAAAAGUAUAGAAUCUAUACAAUAGAAGCAUGU